AUGCCGUCAUUCUUCGCCUUUCAACAGGGCAGAGAAGACGCGACACGCUUCAGCACAGACGCGUCACCGCUUUUAGGUCGCUUCCGUGCCGUGCCACAAGAAAGACGGGAGGGCUAUCGGAAUCCUUAUCUUGCGCCUGACAACAGCUUCAUAUCAGCGGCGCAUGCCCGCCAUAGCGUCCAUAUCGGCUACGGCGCUCUUUUGGCCGCGAGGCUUGACGCCGAGGCCGCCGCCGGGGACAGUGAAGAUAAUGAUGCUUCAAGUGACGGUGAAUCUGGGCAGUAUGCAGCCGGAUCGGGCAGGUUUGGAUUUGCCAAGUUAGCGAAAAACACUUGGCGCCAGAUCGAGCAGCUCUUCGUCACGCCCCUUCAGCAUCCUGUUCGGAAAGCCGUCGACAAAUGGUGGGCACGCUGGUCGCUCCUCGUCCUGUUGCCAGCUUUCCUUGCUGUUGCUUGGUGCGCGUUGCCCUUCCCGCAGUACCCUCUGCCCUACGAAGACGACGACCCCCAAUAUCCAGGCUCGCCCGGCACCCCAGACCGUCCCCGGAACAGGUCUCCAGGUCACGGAACGGCGAGGGUGCUGGUUGAUUUCUGGUUCUUUCUAUUUAUCUUCUACGGCUUCUACAACCUGACCGCCCUGGUUUGGAUUACAAAAGUAUUUAAUCUUUACAACCUCAACUGGUGGCCCACAGCCCUCGGGUUUCCCGUGACCAUCACCAUAAUAGGGCUGAUAUCAAUCCUGGCCCCCAUCCCAAUCUACCUCUCUCCAGAAACCCACUGGCUCACCUCACACAACACAGCAUGGGUCUCGUGGACAUUUUGCUUGAUGGCCAUGCCCGUCACUAUUGCCUGCCUCAUACUUCUGACCAACCGGCGUCACCUCGGCCUCCGGAAAUCACUGUCCGAGACGCAGCGUAUCUUCACAUCGUCUUGGUGGACCGGCGAGCCCGACAUCAUCCCGUCAAGGAAUCAGGGGUCUCGUCGCAGACCUGGAAUCGCCGGAGAUCCGUUCUUCGAUCCAACAGGCGAUUUGCAGGUGGCUGACGGUCGACAACACCGGCCCGGUCUUAACCGCCUUCGGCAGAUUAACCGCCGCUGGCUGCCAGCAAGCUUCGUGCGCUUCAUCUGGUUUUGUCUCGCCUUGUUCAUUGGGCUUCUGGCAUACGUCAUCGGAGAGGCUUAUGCAGAGAUAUAUUUGCGCACGCUGCCACAUAAUAACUUGGAGACCAUUGUUUACGUUUAUGGUUGGAUCACUACUGUCUAUUUGCUUGACGGCCUGACAGGCUGGAUUUUGGGAGGAAGCGAAGGCGAGAGGGUGGGCUCGUACCCGCUGAGCUGGAUCUUCAAGCUAUACUUUAUGCUUACGUACCAAACCUAUGUGCGCGCAUUGUACGCCCGGCUUCGUUCUCCAUCCCAAUUCAUUCUCCUUCAGAUUCUCUCAUCGACCACCCUGAUAAUCAUUACACCCAUCACCCUCUCGGCGACCUUCCACUGGCUGCUCACAGUUCUGCACCUCAACGGCCAGAGCUACGGAGCGUAUCAGAAGCUGGGCGUUCGUAACGUUUUCAUCCGCUUCGUGGCCGAGAACGCAUCCAUGCUCACGUUCCUCGGCUCAAUCCUGGUACUACAUUUCGGCCCCAACAAGGACGUGUACCCUUACUUUGCCUUUGACGAGUACGAGGACGGCACAAACGGCGAGCACUACACCUUCAGCCUGACGCUGACCGCCUCUAGCGUCACCUGGGCGUGCGAGCUGGUGGCGUCCUUCAUCGUCGCGGGCCUGAUCAGGUGGAUCUACGGCGUCAGCGUCGUCACCGAGGGCAAGCUGGACCUUGCCGUCUGGCCCGAGCUCCUUCCGACCAGCGUGGCAGUCGUGCUUCAUGUGCUACAAAACAUGCUCUUCUCCAUUAUCCGGUUGCAGUUUCGUUGA